UCUUCGCUUUCCUGUCCCCUUGAGUUGCUACUAACAAUCAUGCGUUACAGACAAAACAAGCAUUGGAAUCACCGUUAGGAUGGCAAUCAUCGGGUGUUUCUAAUCCUUCCAACUUCAUUUCUUGUCUUCCAGAUCAUCAGUUUCUGGGAAUCUUUUUAUUCUACUCUACCUAGCUCAAGGCCUGGACUUUCUUUUUUCUCAGGCUGCACUUAGCCAUUUUCCUUCUCUUUCCUCUCUGAAACUUUCUUUGGAACCAAACGUCUACAUCAGCCAUGUCAGGUUCAAGUAAUUCUCCGCGUGCUUCUGGUCAUGCUUCUUCGUGUAUGGAUCAUCCUCCUGUAAUAUACGUUCACUCAAUUUCUGAGGCCGGCAGGCUGCUUCCUUCAGCAAGCCGAUGGAACUCCGUGGAAGUUGACUUCCAUGUUGUCCCAAAAUCCAACAGUCCCUAUGAUUCACUUCCCUCUCAGUACUCUAAAUCCAUCGAUUGUGAACUUGUGAUUACUGAUAAGCAGUACUUCAAGCGAUUUCUUUACGUUUCACUUGCUAUCGUUUUUGUUAUCAUAGCAUUUGUUCUACUUGUUCAAUUCUUGCCCCACAGGCAUAAUCACCAUGAGAAUUCGAAGAAUCUCACACUUGCCUUGCAUCAAGCUCUGACGUUCUUCGAUGCUCAGAAGUCUGGGCAUUAUCCAAGCAAUAGUCCAGUGAAAUUCAGGGGAAAUUCAGGUUUGCAAGAUGGGGAAUCUGUACCUGGUGGCCUUGUGGGUGGUUUCUAUGAUUCUGGGAACAAUAUCAAAUUCAGUUUCCCUACAGCUUACACUGUUACCCUCUUGAGUUGGACUGUUAUUGAGUAUCAUGAGAAAUUUGCUGAUAUAGGCGAGCUUGAUCAUGUCAAGGACAUUAUCAGGUGGGGCAGCGAUUACUUACUUGAGAUUUUCGUUCCCCCGAAUUCAUCUUUGAAUUCCAUUACACUAUAUUCUCAGGUUGGAACCGGCAAUGGCACCCAAGUCGAUAACGAUAUAAGUUGCUGGCAAAGACCUGAAGACAUGAGCUAUAAAAGACCUGUUUCAGUUUGUGAUGUGACAGCUUCUGAUCUAGCAGGAGAAAUCAUGGCAGCAUUAUCAGCAGCAUCAAUAGUAUUUCAGGAAGAUACUGCUUAUUCAGGAAAACUAAUCCACUCUGCGAAGAUUUUGUUUGAUGUUGCAACUAAGAAUGACACAGAUCACAGACAAGGAACUUACACUGCUGUUGAUAAUUGUGGAGGAGAGGCAAGAAUGUUUUACAACUCAUCUGGCUACAAAGAUGAACUGGUCUGGGGAGGAACUUGGUUGUUCUUUGCUACUGGGAAUGUUUCAUAUCUCAGAUAUGCUACCAAUCAUUUUGGUGCAGCAGAGGAAGAGGAAGCAAUAUCAGAGAAAGGAGUUUUCUACUGGAACAACAAGCUUACUGCUACUGCGGUUUUGCUAACACGGCUUCUAUAUUUUCAAGAUAUGGGAUAUUCCUAUAAGGAUGGUGCAGGAUCUUCAUCAGAUGAAACCAAUUUGCUUGUUUGUUCUUAUCUUUCUCAAGAAACCUUCGACAGAACACCAGGUGGAUUGAUCCUCUUAAGUCCCAAUAACGACAAACCAAUCCAAUUUGCAGCUACAGCAUCUUUCCUCAGUAAAUUGUACAGUGACUAUCUUGAACUUAUACGCAGUUCAGGUUUGAAUUGCAGCGGUGAUGAUCUUUCCCUGGAAAUGUUGCGAAAUUUUGCCAUGUCUCAGGCAAGCACUUACAUCACAAUCUUGAAUAUUGCAGGUUCUAACAUUGGAAAUGGUCUUAUUGUUGCUUUUUCUAUUUCUUUUGUUGUUAUUUUUCAGGUAAAUUACAUCCUAGGAGACAAUCCUAUGAAGAUGAGCUACAUGGUCGGCUUUGGGAACCAAUAUCCAACCCAAGUUCACCACAGAGCUGCAUCAAUUCGUCAGGAUAAUCAGCACUACACUUGUCAAGAGGGAGAAAGAUGGCUGUACUCUAACGAUGGAAACCCAUAUAUUCUUUAUGGAGCUGUGGUCGCAGGACCAGAUCAAAAUGACUAUUUCUUGGAUAAAAGGGACAAACCUCAGUUUACUGAGCCAAGCUUAGCAGGCAAUGCAGGUUUCGUUGCAGCUCUCAUUGCCUUACAUGAUCCACCACUUAAUUCUCCUGAUACAAAUGGCUUUAAUUUGGGAAUAGAUCAAAAUGGCAUAUUUGAAAAGAUUCAUAAGCCUCCUCCAGCUCCAUGAGAGUCCUACAGUUCAAUACUUAUUUUCAAGCUAAAAAUGAAGGAAUUAAAAGAAGAAAUUGAGCAGACGAGAAUCUCUGAUUGCCAACUGUUAGGUUGAUAAUUGAGUUUAAACAAGUUUUUUCCAGGA